AUGAGCAAAGCAUACGACCGUGUGGAAUUGAACUUUAUGGAAGCUUUGCUCUUGAAAUUUGGGUUUGAUGCGCAGUGGGUACAAUUGAUUAUGAAAUUUGUUUCUUCAGUGUCGUACCAGGUCUUGAUUAAUGGAGAAGCAAAGGGCCAUAUCAAGCCUUCUCGAGAUCUUCGCCAGGGGGACCCCCUUUCACCCUUUCUCUUUAUCCUCUGCACCAAAGUCUUGAUUUCUCAUAUUAGGAAGGCUGAAGAGAUGAAGAAGAUAACUGGGAUAAAAGUCGCACGAGAAAGUCCAGCGAUAUCUUACCUUUUGUUCGCAGAUGACAGCCUUUUCAUUUGCAGAGCAGAGCAAUCCCAAUGUGAAGAACUGGUUCGAAUCAUUGACGUCUAUGGGUUCGCCUCAGGACAACAACUGAAUAAAGAAAAAUCUUCAGUUCUGUUCGGUUCUAAGGUCAUAGCGUCCACAAAAUCAGAUCAGAAAAGAUCACUUGGUAUUACCAAAGAAGGUGGGAUGGGCAUGUACUUGGGAAUGCCAGAGAAAAUCUGUGGUUCGAAGAAACAAGUUUUUUCAUUCGUGCAGGAUCGUGUGAAUGGGAGAAUAAACUCAUGGUCGGGCAGAUUGCUAUCUAAAGGAGGCAAGGAAGUUCAAAUAAAAUCAGUAGCCCAAGCCAUACCAACAUAUGUAAUGUCCUGCUAUCUUCUUCCCAUAGAGAUAUGUAACAAACUUUCCGCCACUGUGGCGUGUUUCUGGUGGGGUACAAGAAAUAAUAACCGAGGUCUACACUGGGUAGCUUGGGAUAAAAUUUGUGUGCCAUUGGAAGAAGGCGGGUUGGGUUUCCGGAAUUUUCGAGAUUUCAACCUAGCAUUGCUUGCCAAACAAGUCUGGCGUCUACUCACAAGACCGAACUCACUUCUGGCGAGGGUCUUGAAAGGUAGAUACUAUAGACACUCGAACCCGCUUACCACGGCAAAGGCUAACAACCCAUCCUUCGGCUGGAAUAGUCUUAUGGCAGCGAAACAUGUUCUCCAGGACGGUCUACGGAGAACUAUUGGAUCGGGGGCAGAGACAAGGGUGUGGGACGAUCUAUGGAUACCAGAUACACCUGCUAGGCCUGCCAUCCCGCGCUCUGCAAACUUCGAUAAGGGUUUAAAGGUGCAUCAUUUGAUCGACUUUGAGAGGAAGGAGUGGAAUAUACAACUCGUUAAUGAGUUUAUUGCAGCGACUGAUGUUCCUAAAGUUUUGUCCAUCAAAGUGAGUAGAACUGGACGACGAGAUGAUUACACUUGGAGCUUCACAAGCUCUGGAAAAUACACCGUCCGGUCGGGUUACGCUAUUUCAGUGAAACAGAGGAAGAAAAAAGAACUCAAAGGGAUUAUGGAACCAAGCACGACAGCUUUAAAAAAGGCGAUCUGGAAACUACAAUGCCCAAGGAAGAUAAAACACUUCCUAUGGAACGUGGUAUCAGGUUAUGUGACCUCGGCGAGCAAACUGAAAGAGAUACAUUGUGGGAAUGAUGCAGUGUGCCAGAGAUGCGGCAUGGACCAGGAGACAAUCAACCAUAUCAUUUUUGAAUGUCCACCAGCCGUACAAUGUUUGGCACUGUCAUCGAUACCAUUUUCUCCGGGUGUCUUCUCGUGCUCUUCUGUUUACUCAAACGUGGAUACCCUACUUGGAUAUGCAGCCAAUACGUUGAUACCAAACGGAGCUUGUAAUGAGAAAUGUUUCAACGCUAAAGACGUCUCGCCUGUCGACACGCUCCACAUUGCGAGUAGGGAAGCAGAAGCAUGGCGUAUUGCUCAGAUUGUGGAGGAGAUCGACGCAGCAGGACCAACGGAAGAACCUGCGAGUCAAGCAGUUGAGUUGCAACCCCCUGUAUGUAAAUGGAGAUGCCAAGUGGAUGCAUCCUGGAAGGAGAAGGAGGAAGGAGCGGGGCUAGGGUUCAUUCUGUUGGAAGAUAAUCAUGUGAAAUUAGUUGGACUAAAAAAGGGUCCCCUAGUAGCUUCGCCGUUACAUGCUGAGGCCGAAAGCUUGUCUUGGGCAAUGAGAGAGACGAGGAAGUUGGGAAUCUGCGAAGCUCGCUUUGAAUCCGACUGCCAACAGCUAGUUCGUCAUAUCAAUACUCCACAGGAAUGGCCGGCUCUUGGGCCUGAACUAGACGAAAUUGAUUUUCUAUGCUCAGAGCUCUCUUCUACCUCUGUUAUUUUUAUUUGUCGUUCUGACAAUGGCCGUGCGGACUGUCUCUCUAGGGCAGGACGAUCACGAGCCUCAGACUUCUGUUUCAUUGGAGAACAGGCUCCCCCAUGGCUAGCCCAUUAA